GUGGGGCGGGUUGCCUCGCGCUCGGAAGCCACUGCGGCGCCUAGUGGAGCGCCUGCUGCAGCGCAAGCCGCAGCGCCGCUUCACCGCCGCGGGCUUCCUGGCAGCCUUGCGCCUUGACGGCCCGGACGGCCCGCGCCCCCGAGGGUUCAACUAUAGGAUCGAGGUGUUGGCCAGGGGCCGAG